AUGCCAACGAGCACCCUGCGCUUCUCGCCACGGUUCCUAGCAUCCUCCUACGCCUCACUUCGUGCUGUUCGACGUCCUCCCACAAGCCCCCUCGACCCCGUAAGAAUGUCAGGAACUGUGGCUGGCGUUAAUCCAAAGGCAGAGAGGAUACGGAAUCCGGCAAUCUUUAUCUGCGAUAUCCAGGAGAAAUUCCGUCCGGUUAUCUUCGAGUACCCAAAGUUAAUCACGACAACCAUCAAACUCCUCAAGGCUUCCAAACUCCUCAACGUCCCAGUCUAUAUCACCACCCAAAACCGCGCACGCCUCGGGAACACCGUCUCCGAAUUAUCUCCCUACCUCGACCCAUCCACGAAUCCCAACGUCCGCGCUGAUCUCGACAAGACCCUUUUUUCCAUGGUAACACCUGAACUGAAAGCCUCCCUUCCGCCGCAACGACUGGACAUCAUCAUUGUCGGCAUCGAGUCGCACGUCUGCGUCACGCAGACAACGCUGGACCUGCUGGCGCUGGGCCAUAGGGUGUACGUUGUUGCUGAUGCGGUGAGCAGUAUUAAUCCAGAGGAAAGAGGGAUUGCGCUGGCGCGGCUGGCAGAUGCGGGUGCCGUAGUAAGCACCAGUGAGAGUGUGUUGUUUGAGAUCAUGGGGGAUUCGAAUCAUAGUGUUUUCAAGCAGAUCAGUGGGUUGGUGAAGGAGACUGGGGAGGAUACGAAAAAGGCGUUGGGGGUGUUUUGUGGGAGUAAGAUUUGA